GAAAUAAUAAAAAUCAUUUAAAAAAAAGUUUCCAAUAAAUGUUAUUCAAAAACACAACGGUGGGCAAGUACACCACUUUUUACGGUAAAUGAGAAGCUCACUUGACUAUUGACCAAUCAGCGUUUGGUGGCUAGCUUGACCAAACAGCUGACCUAAAGAAGAGUGAACGUUGAUCUUCUUGGUGAGGUUUGGAUUAAAGGAUCUCGGUCGUUAGUAUCUUGAGUCACGGGAUAUAUUUGUUCAGAGAUUAUUUACUCUGUGGACUAAAACCAUUGUCUGCUGCGAUAUGAAGGCGUUGACUAUGCAGCAGGCAAAUCUGGUUCCAGGAGCUCCGCCGCCGUGGAGCACCAGCGUGACAAACCCAGCCUCCAACUAUUCGCCGAAUCUUGAAAACAAGGUUUUGGCUCAGAGUGCUACGAUGAAGUCUCAGCUCAUAACCUGUCCCGCACAGCCGUCCUGCUGCCCGGCUCUCCAGCCUUCCAAGCUGGCCUCCACCUCCUCCCUCCUCUCUGCCUCUGCUUUAUCCUCCACCUCUUCCUCACCGCUCCUCAGCACCCAGAACAAGCUCUUGACUGAGCGACCCCUUCGUCCAUCUUUUCCCUUGACCUCGUCUGUCAUCAGAGACUUUUGUCACGCUGGGAGUGCUCUGGUCAGUCACUUUGCUCAGCCUCUCACAUUGGUACAAACCAGUCUGGGUGAUGAAGAAGAUGAGGAAAUAUCUGAAGAAAUGCACUCCUCUUUUGAGGAAACCAGUGCGCAGGUGGCUGAUGAAGAUGAAGUGUUGUCAGAAGAUGAGGGGGAGGCAGGUGAACCUGAGAGCACCAUGGAAUUGCUUACUAUGGCAGAAGAUUUGAAGAACCAAGAACUCGAACCCGUUCUGGUCUUCAGAGAGGAGCAGUUUGGAGAACUGGAUGGAGGAAAUAAGAAGGCUGAAGAGGAUCUGAAAGAUAAAAAGUAUCUCCUGCUGAACGCCGUGUGUUGCUCUUUGGUACAUAAAAGCAAAGCUCCGGGGCAGGAGGAGUGGGACUCGGAGGACAGCGUCUGGACCACCAUCCAAAACCUGGGCAAGGACAUUUCUGGAAUCGACCCUCAGUUUCUUCUCAAGGUGGCUGUUUACACCAGACAAGAAUUAAACAUCCGCAUUACAGCAAACUUCAUACUGGCCUUCGCCGCUAACCUUCCUUCCACCAAGCCGCACGUCCGCAGGUACUUCUGUGCUGCCGUGCAGCUGCCUUCGGACUGGCUGGAAGUGGUCCGGAUCUACAGCACAUGCUUCAGCCGGUCUCUGCCGAUGUGCCUGAAGAAGGCGAUGGCCGACAAAUUCAAGCAGUUCAGCGAGUAUCAGCUGGCCAAGUACAACACACGCAAACAUCGCUGCAAGCACAGCACAAAGAAACGCAAAGGAAAGAAACCAACUGAUGAGCAGCUCAAACAGUGGGCAGACUUGGUCAGAUCGGAUCCUUCUCUUCUCAAAAAUUUUUUUCAGUACGAGGGCAGCAAAGCUCCGGUGGACAAGAAGCAGAGCGAGUUCAACAUGAAGAAAAUGAUCAAGAGGCUUCACAUCAACGAUCCGGCUGAACACGUCAUGGCCAUUCUGGGGAAAAAGUAUCCUAGAGACCUGAAGUCCUUCACCCACAGUGGGCUAAAGGGAGCCUGGGAUCGGGACAGAGCCGGACAACGAAUGAAGCUCAAAGAGCCGCGCACGUGGGAACAGCUGCUCAGCGCGGAGGGCAACAAGGCUGCCACCUGGGAGAAGCUGAUCGACUCCAAGUCUCUCCCAUUCAUGGCCAUGUUGAGGAAUCUGAGGAACAUGAUCAUCAAGGGCAUCAGUGAGGCCCAUCACAAGAAGAUCCUCAGCCGGCUGACCAAUCAGAAAGCAGUUGUUCAGAGCCGACAGUUUCCUUUCCGAUUCCUCUCAGCUUACAAAGUCAUCAUGGUGCUGCGUGCUGAAGCCUCUGUUCAGCAGGUGACCCCCACAGUCAAACAGAUCCUGGUGAGCAUCCUGAAGAAGAUCCCCAAAAGCAGACGAUUCAAGCGCCAGGAGUGGGAAACCACGCCGAAGAAGCGGCUGAAGUCGACCCUCAGGAUGCCCUAUAUUUCUCAAAUGUAUCGUAUGAAGAAAGCCCAACUCUUAAAGGCCAAUCAAAAGCUUUUCAGCGUUGAGCUUCUGGACCGCUAUCGAUCAGCUCUGGAGACCGCGGUUCAGAUCUCCUGCCGGUACAACGUGCCCCCCCUUCCCGGAAAAACUGUCAUCCUGCUCCCUGCUGACAUAUCCUCUGAUGAAUCCUGGAGCCGGAAACAGGACUUCUGCCUCCCCUUUGAGCCAAAGCCAAAAGACAGCGAGAAGAAUGAGGAGGAGGAAGAGGAGGAGAAGAAGACCAGAGGCAGGAGGAGGAGGAGGACGAGCGAGCACGAUGAACUCACUCCUUCUGUGUCGGAGGUCGCGGCUUUGCUGUCUCUGAUGAUCCGCAGCAGCGCGGAGGAUUGCCAGCUCUGCAUUUACGAGGACAGUCACUGUGAGGAAGCCAAGCUGGAAUCUGAUGUGCUUUUAGAAAAUGUCAAAGCUGUAAUUCAACAAAUGAAGAAAUGCUCUGACCUCCGCCGUGACGAAUAUGACGUGACCUCCUAUCCCAGGCUGUUCAACAAGAACAACAAGCUGAACAACAUCAUCAACAUUGGCAGACCCUGGAUGUCCUCUGAGCUGGAAUGGGAGAUUACCGCCUACAAGAAGGAAGUAAACAGAGACGCUCUGGAGGUCCAAAUCUGCAUAGCAGAAACCAAAUAUUCCGACUCAGACAAAAAUCAGUCCAGGAGCCUGGUGAAAAUCAACGGAUUCAGUGAUCAAGUCUUGAGGUUUGUGGCAGAACGAGGAUCUUCCAGGUUGUUGGAACAUGUGGAGAACAUGGACAAAAAGUACAAAAUCCCACCACCAGAGGGAGCCAAAGGCCCAGAAUCUCCCAACAGCUUCCUCUCGUUACCAGCCAGUCCAAAGUUAAGAUGGCAAGGCGUUCGAGUGUUCAUCUCCUCCACCUUCAGAGACAUGCACGCCGAGCGCGAUGUUUUAGUACGAAGCGUGUUCCCUGAGCUCCGCCGCCGCGCCAUGCCGCACCGCCUCCACCUGCAGGAGGUGGAGCUGCGCUGGGGCGUGACGGAGGAAGAGUCGGAGCGAGCCGUGGAGCUGUGUCUGUCAGAGGUGUGUCGCAGCCACAUGCUGGUGGGGAUCCUGGGGGAGAGGUACGGCCAGGUGCCCCCCAGGCCUGUCCUCCCCGAGCUGCCGCAGUACAACUGGCUGUCAUCUGCUCCAGCCGGUAUGUCCAUCACAGAAAUGGAAAUCCGCCAGUUCCAGGCUCUUUAUCCUGACACGGCAAACCAGAGGAUGUUCUGCUACUUCAGGGACCCAAACGUUGUCAAAUCAAUUCCUGUGGCCUGGAGAUCAAGCUUUGCUGCUGAAUCUAAAGAAGCCGAGGAGAAAAUAAAAUCACUGAAGACGAGACUUUUAUCCAGCGAGGUCAAGGUCACAGAGAACUACUCCUGUGAAUGGGGGGGCGUUGUGGACGGGAGUCCAUAUUUGAAACACCUGGAGGACUUUGGUAAAGCUGUGCUGGAGGAUCUCUGGGCGGCUGUCCAAAACAUCUUUCUGGAAAAGGGAGAGGAGACGGAGGCGUCCUCAGACGUCCUGGAGCAGGAGGUCCACCAGGAGGCGCUGCACAGGCAGUUUUUUGGUAGAGCCAAACUGCUGUCAGGAGCUGAGGAGAUGGUGAAGCAGAUCUGCCCCAAAGGAGGGAUGGUGGUGAUAGAGGCGGGACCCGGAGAGGGCAAAACCCUUUUCAUGGCUGCUCUGGCGGUCGCCCUCAGAGCAGAGAGGAAGUCCAGAGAGCUUCCAGAGUGUAAUGUCAUCUCAUACUCUGCUUCUGCCAGCCAGUCGGCCCGCUCUGUAGAAAACCUCCUCUCAUGUUUAGUUCAGUGGCUGAGAAAAGUGAGAGCCACGGACGCAGACUCGCCUCUUCCCCACUCGUACAAAGACCUGCUGUCAGAGUUUCACUCCAUGCUGAGCUCUACUGAGAAAAGCAGACGAGUGGUGCUGCUGGUGGAUGGAGCGGAUCUUAUUCAAGAUGGGAAAGGACGGCUCAGCUCUGACUGGAUCCCACAGCAGCUUCCUCAGGGUGUGUGUUUGGUGCUCAGCAUGGCCUCCAAAGCAGCUCUCCUGCAGACGCUGACAAAGAAAAGAGGGGCGGUGUUGUUCUCUCUCGGACCGCUCACCAUGCCGGACAGAAAGGAGAUCGUUCGGAAGGAGCUGGAUGCUUUUGGGAAGAAACUCAGUGACUCUGCGUUCAACAACCAGCUCCAAACUUUAAUCACAAAGAAAGGAGCAGUGAGUCCUCUCUUCCUGCACUUGGCUUGUGACGACCUGAGGAACUUUGCCUCCUUUGAUAAGUUGAAGGAGAGCCUGGAUGCUCUGCCGCAGUCUCUGAACCAGCUGGUGCAGCACAGCUUGGAGAGGCUGUGCUCGCUGCACAGAGGCAUGCUGGGACUUCGCUGGGCCCUGGGAGCGCUCACUGUCAGCAGCACUGGCCUGAAGGAGAGAGACUUUUACGUCAUUCUGAACAUUUGUAACCAGAUGUCUGCACAAGGCAAGGAGGUCACAUGGCAGGAAGUGCUUCAGCUGUUUAGGAAGUCAACAGGUCGUAUUCCUAUGGCAACGUUCACCCGACUGGUGCAUAGCUUACAUAGUCUGAUUGGUCCAUCUCAAUGCCACGACACUGAGGAUUUGCUGGCUCUAAAUAAUCUGGAGGUGAGACGGGCCUUUCAGGAUGCUCUCCUCCCAGCAGAGAGCGACAGAGCCAGAGCUCACCUCAUACUGGCAGCUCAUCUGUGGGCCGUCGCGGAUCCUCAGAGAAGGGAUACCUUCUUUCACUGUGAGGCUGACUCCAUCAUGCAGCUGCCUUCAAGCCUGAUCCACAGUGGACAGCUUGAAGCGGUUCAUUCUCUGCUGUCCAGCUAUCACUUCCUGUACGCUAACGUCAGCCACGGCUUGGUGCACCACAUCAUGGAGACGUACAGCUUGUACGACCAGAAGCGAGCGUCUGCACGGUUUGUCCUCCCAGCGGAGCUUGAGGAGCGUCUGGAGGAUUGCCGGGGUUUCCUGCGGCGCCACGCCUCCACGCUCUCCACGUGGCCGGCUGUUUUCAUCCAGCAGGCUCUCAACGAGCCGUCGCAGACCUCCGUUCACUCCUGGGCUCAGCAGCUGCUGGAGAGAGAGAGAGUGCGGGUGGUCGAGUGUCGGAAUAGCAGCAAUAAUGCUGGAGCAGAAAUCAGUGAGCUGGUGUCGACCUUUUCCUCCCAUCCAUCCUGUGGGGUUCUGAGUCCAGACGGGCGGCUGAUGGUGGUCGGGACCGGACAGGGAACGCUGCACAUCAUCAACACGCAGACCGGACAGGAGGUGAGGUCGCUGCUGAGCAGCUGCGAUGGCAUCUCCAGCUGCGUCUUUCUGGUGGAUGGCCAGCUCGCCGCCACCUCCUUUGAUGGGCAGAUGGAAUUGUGGGAUAUAGAGAACGGAUGCAGGACCGCUCUCAUCGCUGGCCACACUAAUAUGAUAACAGGAAGUGACAUCACCUCAGACAGGAAACAUCUUGCAACUGUGUCCCUGGACUUCACGCUGAAAGUGUGGUCAUCUAAAUGCAGUGAAGUGGCCUCUUUGAGCAGCAGCAGCCCUCUGAACUGCGUGGCCUUCAAUCCGGAGGGUCGCCUGCUAGCCGCCGGCUGUUGGAAUGGAAACGUCAUCGUGUGGAACUGGCUCCAAAAUAAAGGACAAAAGCUUCUGUGUGGUCACCAGCGAUCGGUGCACUGCCUCUCCUUCUUUCCCUCAUCCUCCAUGCUCUGUUCUGGCUCCGUGUGCGGGGAGGUGAGGGUGUGGUCGGUGCCCACCUCCACCUGCGUGGGAUGCUUCCAGGCUCACUGUGGAGCCGUCGAGGCCUUCAGCUUCUUGGAGGGAGGGGCCAAGCUUCUGAGCGCCGGUGCAGAUCAUACGCUCCAGCUUUGGUCAGGAGGACUGGGACGUUCAGUUGCUGCUUUAAAAAGAGAAGAAUGUGAGCAGGAGCCUCCGGAGAAGAAACUAAAGUCUGUGAAGGCUGAGCCCGUCCCUCUGUGUGUGUCUGUGAAUGGAGACCAGGCUGCGGUGGGUUACCAUGGUGAUGGCAUCAGACUCUUCAACCUCGAUUCAGGCAAGGAGAUCUGGGCCUCCCAGGACCUCCAUGUGUCGGUGCACUGCCUGCAGUGGGUGGUGCUGGACACGGAUUCAACACAAGUGGAGCUGCUGGUGUCUGGAGGAGGAGAAAAAAGUCUGAGAGUCUGGAAAAAGCAAAAGGAUAUUAUGGCAGACGCGCUGACGUGUCUGAAGACGUUUGGGAUUCAAACAGGAUCCGUGCUGGCUAUGGCUCAAAACUCUGAGUAUCUGGCCACAGCUUCAGAUGACUUCACCAUUGUUCUGUGGCGUUUAAGUCACCUGGCACCUGAACACACCACGGAUCCACACGCGGUGCUGAGGGGUCACAAAGGUGGAGUCACCUGUCUGGCUUUCAGUCCUGAUGAGUCACAGCUGCUGUCUGGUGGGAAAGAUCAGUCUCUUAUAGUUUGGCAGGUGAACUCGUCUCCGGUCGUCUCCAAGUCGCUCCUUCGUUCCCACAGAGACUGGAUCACAGGCUGUGUUUGGACCUCAGACUGCAUGAUGAGCUCUUCCAACGAUGGUAGAGUGUGUAUAUGGGAUGCAGAAGCAGGUCACUGUAUCAGAGAAAUCUCCUGGAGGAAUCCGCUCACCUCCAUCUGCUCUCAGGGGGGGAAAGUGAUCGCCAGCUGCUCAGAGGGAGAACUCCAUGUGUGGAACUGGGAGACGAGCACAGAAGUCUGCCACAUGUCUGCUCACAAGCAGCGCAUUCACCACUGCACUCUGAUCACAAGCUCUGGUAAGAAAGAAGAGGACACGGAGGAGCUGACAGUUGUCACAGCGUCUGAUGACGGCAGCGUGAGGAUCUGGAAGCCUUUGCAGAUGGAUCAUUUCUGCACCUUCAGCGGUCACAGCGGGGCAGUUUGUGGAGUGGUCCAUAAGGAAGGACUCCCAGAAUUCCUCACAGUAUCUGAGGACUGCUCCCUCCGGCGCUGGACCUGGACUGCAGAGAGAACGUCAACGCUGAACGACAGAAUCUCAACGUUGUGCUUCUCUGAAACGGAGGAUUUGCUGCUCGCUGGUUAUGAAUCGGGUUUUCUGGAGCUGUGGCAGAACAACACGACGAUUGUCCGCAAGCAGGUAUCAAACAGCCCCAUCACUGCAGCCUGCUCCAUGCCCAACAACCUGUUUGCCGUCAGCUGCCUGAAAGAUUUAGGUGUGGAUGUUUGGAAACUGGUUUCAAACCAACAGUCCAAAAUGAGUCUGAUCAAAACAACUUCUUACAAAGUGAAGGAGCCAGUGUUGCACCUCCUCUACACCACUCAGCUGGUCUGUGUGACCACUCCAGGAAACCUUCAUUACUUAGUAGCUGAGGAUGAGGAGGACGAUUGGAGCACCUGGAACUAUCUUUGGAACCAAAAGGUUCGUGUCCGGGAUUGUGUUCAUAAUGAUCCGAAAAGCCUGUGGUUGAUCGGAGAGUCGGACGAUAAGGUUCACGUCGGAUUCCUUUUCGACAUGGGGCUAAAGACUGACCUGCACUCCUCCUUCAGCGCUCUGACCAUCACUUUUGAGGAGGACGAGAAGCCAGGCAGCCCCAUAACUGCAGUUUCAAUGGACAAAGAUUUUGUGGUGUGUGGCGACAUGGACGGCAACAUGUGGUUCAACCAGCAGCCAAACAUUUCCUCAUGGAGCAAAAGAAAACCUGCUCACACUGACGGGAUCAGCAGGCUUAAAAUCACCCCCAGCACCAUCAUCUCCGCCUCCUAUGACCACACAGUCAAGGUGUGGGACAGAAACACCAAGAAACAGCUGGGGAUGUUUGUGUGUGGAGGUCCUGUCCUGCUUUUGCAGGUGAAUCCCAGAAACCCCGGCGAGCUGGCCUGUGCAGACGGACAGGGAAAGCUGUUCCUGCUCUCCUGGAAAGAAUGAAGAGAUUCUCUGUGGCUGAAUGUAAUCGGAGUGCUUUCAUAGCCUGAGAUUACUUUACACGAUCUGUGCUUCCACCAAAUAUUGUCUAAAAUGGCUGGUUUGUUUUCUGUGGGGUUUAAAUUAAAGCUGAAUGAAUUGUGAGGAUCUGAUUUAGUUAUUUAGAAAAUUAGACCCGACUGAAGAUAAGAUUGGAUAUUUUUUUAAAUUAAAGCUAAUGCUGUUUAAAGUUUUGGUGUUCAUUAAAAAAGGUUUUAGUUUUUUUAAUUUUCUGCCCAUUUUUCAGGUGUUUAUCAGAAUGUUGUAGUUUACUUAGAAACACUAAAGUGGGCGUGGACAACAUUUUUUUUUUUCAGUAAAGAAAAACCUCUACUAAACGCUACCAACAUGAUUUCUGCUAAGAACUGUUUCACAUUAAAGUGCAAUAAAAAUAACUGAAAUCAUGA